AUGAAAAAAAAGGAGAGUCCGUUCUUUGGCAUAGAUAAUCCUCUCUAUAGUUAGAAUAUCUCGUCUCCUCGAUCUGAGGAACUACUACCAAUUUACUCUAAUGAUAAUGGGCAUGAGCAGCCGAUGGAUGAGGCAUUGAAAGAUAAGAGAAAUAUUUUCGAAAGAAAUAAUUUUAGGGCAUUGAAAGAUGGGCAAAAAGAAGAAGGUUCAGACGAUGAUCCAUAUUUGAGUAGCGUCAGGUAAAUUAUUAAUCAGAUCAUUUAAGUGAUAACAGAUAUGAUUAAGAAUCUGUAAAGUCAAGAACGAAUUCGUUAAUUCGCCACUAGAGAAGUGUUAGUAUUUAGAAAAAUCAAAAGGGAACUUUAAGCCCUUUGAAAAAAGUGAAUACUGGAUUAAUAAUUGAUUCGACAUACAAUUUAUAAGUUUAAGGAGUAAAAUCAAGUUCCAAAAUUGAUAAAUACUAGAGUUUUGUGCAAUAAUUUGAAUUGGAGGAAGAUAAAAUGAGAAAGAACAAGGAAUUAAUUCAGCAAAGGAGUAAUCAAACUAACGAGCUUUCAUCCAAAAGGAAUAGCGGAAUAAAUAAAGGGAAAAUUGGGUAAAAAUUAAUGUGAUUUUCAGAUUUAAUGAUGUAUGGGCAGUGAAGGGAUUUAUAAUAAUACGAUUAGUAUCCAGAUUUAUCUAAUAGCUAAAGACAAAAACUGAAACCAUAAAGUUUAGACUGUUAACAAGGAAAAUAUUUUCUGUUAUAGGAGAUGUGUCUAGUAAUUUUGAAUUUAUCUUAAUUUCUCGUUAAAUUAAGUAAUAGCCUAGUUUAGUAUUAAAAAUCUUAAUAAUUAGUUUUUAAUUUUGAAAUAUAAUUUUCAGAAAAGAGCGACGAGACUACUACAUUGUUUGGAAAAUUGUUAAGAUUUCUUGAGCAGGAAUAUCAUUGUUAUACGACCAGAUAGCAAAUUUAAAAUAAUUUGGGAUAUUUUGUUAUUGCUCUUCAUAGUGAUGAACAUAUUUUACAUCCCCAUAAACAUCAGUUUCAAUAUUUCGACUUCAGGUGUGUUUGAAUACUUAUUUGAUUUGCUGCCAUCAUGGAUUUUUGUGGCUGAAAUCAUUAUUAAUUUUAACACAGCCUAUUAUGAUAAGGGAUUGAUGCAUGAGGAUAGAAAGUCAAUAGUGAAACAUUAUCUAAAAGACAAUUUCUUUUGGGAUUUAAUUGUAGUAAUACCAUUUUUAAUGUCUAAUUUGGAUAUACCAUUCGUUAGAUAUACCUUGUUACUUAGAUUGACGAGGUUGGCACCAUUGAUGGAAAGCAUUGAAGAAAUGCUGAAUUUGGAGGUAACAAUAAAUAAAUAUGAUGAGGAAAAUAUACAAAUUGUUGUUGAUCUUUUAAAACUUAUCUUUUUUCUUGUUUUGACAGGUCACUUCUGUGGAUGUGCAUGGCAUUUUGUUGCCUUAACAGAAUAUGAAUCCUUUGGUAUUACAGACAAUUGGCUUACUCAUUAUGACCGAUAGGCCUUUGAUUAUCAUUGGUUUGACAGAUAUGUCAUAUCUCUUUAUUGGAGUGUAAUCACAACAGUUACAGUUGGCUAUGGAGAUAUUGUACCUGUCACAACGUUUGAAAGGAUAUUCGUAAUUAUUGUAACGUUGUUGCUUUGUGGAGUGUUUGGUUAUUCGAUUUCAAAUAUUGGCAAUAUAUUUAAACAGAUGUCUGACAAGAAGACUAUCUAUAAAUUUAAACUACGCCAAAUUCAUUCGCAUAUUAGAAAAAGAGGUCUCAAUCUAAAUCUAUCAUUAAAAGUAAGAGUUCCCUUAAUGUCCUAGGUCAAGAAGUAUUUUGAAUACUUUUUCCAACUGGAACAAGAAGAGGACAGCCACGCAGAAAUAUUCAUCAGUCAAUUAACCAAGCAUUUAAGAGAGGAAGUGCUGACUGAUUUAUAUUGCAAUACGCUUAAGAAGUCAAGAUUCCUCAGAGAAAACUUUAAAGAAUUAACCAUCAAUAAUUUAUGUUAAUUCGUCAAGGAGAAGAAAGUGUUGCCUGAGGAGGUUCUGUAUUCUCGAUUCGAUCAACCUAGAAAAGUUUGGUUUGUACUUUCAGGAGCCUUGGAAUUUGUAGCUGAUCACAAGAGUAAUUUAAAUGUAUGAAUUUAACUAGAUGAAAACGACUAUUAUGAAGCCACUGAGACUUUUCUCAAGAAGGUCAGUUCUGGGUAAUGCAUAUGGAUCUAAUUUUAGAGCAGUAUUAGGAGAGAGGGAAUUCAUCACACAGCAGCCAUAUGAAUACAAAGUAAGGGCUUUAAAAUUCACAUAAAUGGCAUAUAUUGAGUACUUAUUUAUUCGAAGUUUUCAAUAGUUAUGAGGAUUUCAUUAAUGUAAUUAGUGAAAAUGAUUCAGAAUAUGAAAUAUUUUGUAUGAAGAGAGAUAGAUUGUUGUUUAAUCCUUAAUUUAAAGGAUCUGGAAAUGUGUGUGAAAUUUGUGAAUGGACUCACAACUUCAUUUAGUAAUUAUAUCAAUAAUUAAUUGAAUUAGAUGUCCAUUUGUAUUCUUGUAACCUAACAUCAAUAAAAUAUCCAGUCGUUUCACUUCAGUUAGAUUAAAUAAUAGAAUCAAAUUUCCAUAUCGUAAUACAAUGAAAUCAAGAACGAGAGAAUGUUUGAAUAGUAUAUAAGAGGGAGCACUAAAAAUAAUUGUCGCCAAUUUAUCCGAAUAGUAAAUCAUUUAAGUUAUAAUAGAGAUUAUACAGACGAAUAUUUAGUAUCUUUAGGAUUUCAAUUGACUUAGAAUUUGGAAAUUGAUUCAUAAAAUGUAGAUGAAACAUUCAAAGAUUUAAAUGAUUCUCAAUCACCCACAAUUAGUGAAAAGCAAAAGCUAUUUUAGAAGAAAUGUGCAAAAACAAUGGCUGGAGGUGCUACUGUGGAUUUUAAAGAUAUCAAAGAAAAUCAUGAUUUGAAAAAAAGUAUAAUAAAUUUCCAGAGAAUUCAAUUCGGAAAGGAAAAAUAAAAAGGAUUCUAAGCUCUAAAGAAGGAAUAACAUGAAAAUGGAAUUGAAGUAUUAGAACAAUCAUAGUUGCUUGUUCUUCCAAAUUCGACUAAUACUAAAUACUAUUAAAAGUAAUUUUAAGGUACUCCUCGGAGAUCUUCAAAUUUUGAUGAAUUUGCCAGUCUUCAAUUAUCUCAAAAGUCAGGGAAUUUUACCAGUCAAUUAGAAUAAGAAUAAAACAAAUUGCUCAUAAAAUAAAUUAGCAAAAAUAGUGAAUCAAGCGAAAUGCAAGAGUCUUUGAUACGAAAAUAAAUUGAAAGCCAAGAAAGGAGAUAGUAAGGGGGAGGGGAACAGAGAAGGAAGAAAAGGAAAACGACGAUUCAAAUGGGAUAGAAGCCAUAACGUAAAUCCUAUUAAAAUUAAUAAUCAAACUUAAGUCCAGGUCUCUAAUAAUAAUUGUAGAAGUAAUAAUUGGUAGCAGUUUUGGACCAGAAAUUAAAAAGAUAAAGUUUCGGAGAAUCUAGGAAAUUAAUGUAAACUAAUUAGAUCACGAGUGUUGGUAAAAUUGAAGUAGAUGGCGAAUUUGCUGAAAAUAUAUAAGACGAUUCAUUGUAACAGAAGAUUUUAGACAUAGUUCAUUCUAAUGAAAAUUAUCAAGUGGAUUGUUGUAAACCUACCCUUAUGUAUUUCCCUGAUUUUAACAUUGAGGUAAUUCUAAAGAAAAUCGAAUACUAUUAUUUAUUUGUGAAAGGAGUAGAAAAGAAAAUGUACAAACGGAGUAAAUCUAGCAGAAACUUAUUUGAAAGAAUCAAACCCUCAAAAAAUGUUACUAUUAAAAGUUAUUAAAACAAUUCUAGAUCUUAGGGGGAAGUAUGA